AUGGCACAAAAGCAUCCAGGAUUUCAGUGGAGUAACCCAAAUGGUGCAGAAAACUCUCAAAGCUUCCAGAAACAACAGGUACAGGGUCCGCCAGGAUACCAGAGUCAAAUUGUGGGCAACCAGGUCACUGAUGAAAAGAUGGAAAGCCAAAAUUCGUCCCUCAAAAAUCUGGAAAUUCAGUUAAGCCAAUUGGCAGCUCUUGUGUUCGAAAAGAUUCAGGGUCCCUUACCAAGCAAUACAGAGAAAAAUCCAAAGGAGCACCUUAAGUUCAUCACUUUACGGUCAGGUAAGGAACUUGAUGAACCUUAUGCAGACAAACAAGAAAAAAACCAGAUAGAACAACAGGUAGACAUGGGUAAGAAUAUUGAAAAACCAUCUGAACCAUCAAAGGAGAAAGAAAUAAAGAAUAAGGAAGAAAAAAUUUCUGAAAAAAUGGCUGCCCCACCUGUGACAAUUCCUUUUCCACAAAAAAUGAAACGAGAAAAGGUUGAUGGUCAAUUUGCAAAGUUUUUGGAAAUCUUAAAACAGAUUCAUAUUAAUAUUCCUUUUACUGAUGCUUUGUUGCAAAUGCCUUCAUAUGCUAAAUUUUUAAAAGAAAUUUUGUCAAGUAAAAAGAAAUUGGAAGAAGUUUAUGUGGUAAUGCUUACUGAAAAAUGCAGUGCUAUACUUCAAAAUAAGCUACCACAAAAACUUGGUAAUCUUUGCAGUUUUACCAUUCCAUGCACUUUGGGAGGUGUAUAUUUUGAAAAAGCACUUGGCGAUUUUGGAGCUUCAAUAAAUUUGAUGCCAUUUUCUAUCUUUAGAAAAUUAGAUCUUGGUGAAAUGAAAGAUAUAGGUGUUUCUCUUCAGUUUGCAGAUCAAAGUACUAAGAAACCUAAGGGAAUAAUAGAAAAUGUGCAUGUAAGAGUAGAUAAGUUUGUUUUCCCUUUAGAUUUUGUAGUACUUGAAAUGAAAGAAUGUCCUGAUGAACCGAUAAUUUUGGGUAGACCAUUUCUUGCUACAGGAAGAGAAAUCAUAGAUGUUCACCAAGGGCAACUAAUCUUGAGAGUUGAUGAAGAAAGAGUCAUUUUUUAUAUGCAAAAGAUACUAAGAUUUUCAGGAGAUGAGACAUCAUCUUCAUGCUUUUCUAUUGACAUGAUUAGUGACCUUGCAAAUGAAUUUAAAGAUGAUCAAUUAAUUUCAGACUCAAUGAAAAGAUGUUUGACCAAAUCAGGCACGGCACAAGAUGAUGAUCCCACAAUUAGGAGAGAAGCUGAAAUACUGGAAAAAGAUUCAGAGGAUAAGGAGAUGCAAUCGGAAGAAGUUCAACCAAAAAUUGAACUCAACGUUCUUCCUCUCAUUUAA